AUGCUUUCAGGAACAACAAAAGGUGUUGAAUUCUACGCAAGUGAAAUUGAAGAUUUUCACAGUGAAAAAAUCGAAUGGAAAGGAGUGAAACAAAUCAACAAUAUCGAAUACAUAGGAGAUGAAACAAAACAAUCCGUAGAAGAAUCAACAAAAAUAAUUUCUUCAACGAAUGCUGGUAUUCCAUGGGUUGAUGAUUCAAAAAAAAGCAUGAUCGAUUAUACAGAUUCAGAUGACAGUAAAGCUACGGAUGUAGAAGAUGAAAAUAAUGAUCAAUCAAACUCAACUGAUACAUUAGAUGAUCAACUAUUUGAAUGUUUAGUCGAUGCCUGUGUUGCCAGCUAUCGCUAUCAUGCUCAUCUGCUUCGACAUUACACGAUUGGGAAACAUAAACUAAAGUUGGAGAAAUACUCACUCAUUGACAAAAGCAGACUGAUAUUUCAUCAAAAAUUGACAACAAAUUAUUCCCAUUCAACACCUCUAUUAUCCAUUACUGUUAUUCCUGCUGCUAAUAAUUCGACCAUUCCCGCAUUACCUGAAAUUUGGGCUUUACAAAACGCCAAGCCGAAUGUUCGUUUCAGUGAUAAGCAAAAGCAAUUUCUGCAAGAAAAAUUCAAUCAAGGUGUUGAAACUGGAAUGAAAUGGGAUCCAGCAAGAGUUGCAUUAGAAAUGGAAACACUUACUAGCAAUGGAAGCUAUUUAUUUACUAAUGAUGAGUGUUUAACUCAAGGGCAGAUUAAAAGUUAUUUUUCUCGUCUGGUUGUAAAACAACGAACAACAAAACAAACAUCUUCACGUAAUACAUCAUCGUCAUCAUCCAUAUCAACUACCAAAUAA